AUGACACUGGCCGUGCACCCACGAGACGACCCGCCGCCGCCGCCCUCGCUCCGCCCGUCAACUUCACGCGCCAGGCCAACUCCCCCGCACCCCCAGAGACGAGAUAAGGCUGCAGGCGACUCUCACCCGCGCGGUGUGCACGGCGACUCUUCUGCACUUCCAGGACACUCUCUCAAGGGAAAGGAACGCGAGUGGAGCAUCGAGCUGGCUGUCGUCGAGCGCGACGGCAGCAGGAGGGUCGUCGAGGCGAACAGGCCGGGCGAGGGUGCUGGGACCGCGGACGGCGCACGCGAGGGCGUGGACGGCAUUCCAGGGAUGGCAGAGGGUGGCUCGGAUGCGUCUCAUGCGAGCGAGUGGCCGUCGUCGCGCUCGUCUGCCUUGCUGGGCGACCCUUCCGCCUCGGAGGACGGCCGAACAGCGUCGACAUCCUCGAACACUCCGCCGCCUGCUGCAGAACCCGCCUCGAAACCAUCGAGACCGCCUCUACAGUCCAUCUUGAAGCGACCGCAGCCCGCCCGAACCCCGUCGACCUCCUCUCACCACCUCGCUUUCUCUCCCGCCGUCUCGUCGUCUGCCGAAGGACCCAUUACGACCCCUCCGUCAGCCUACCUUCCUCUACCACCCGCAGCGUCUCCCUCACACCUCCAACCCACUACGAUCGCCCUCGGCCCACCCUCGCCCGACUCCUUCGAAUCGAAGGGGAAAUCCUCCGCCUCCUCUCCAACUCUCCCGCACGCCCAUACGCACACACAUGGCGUCCUCUUCUCCACACCCGGCACAACCACCUCCGUCCUCCCGCUAUCCUCACCCUCACACGGCUCGCACUACUCGCACGACCCAGACGGUCCAGUAGACCCGACUAGCACGUUCAAGUCGUGGAAGUCGAGCAUCAUGGGCCGUAGGAGCGGGCUGUAUGAUAAGAAGCGGUUGGCGGCGCUAGGAUUCGACGAGGAGUUGUCGCGCGACUACGACUUUUUCGCGAGUUGGGGGAUCUCGUUGUGCAACAUUGGCGGGUUGCCAGGCACCGUCCUGGGCGUCCUGACAGCCCUCGAAGCCGGCGGCGGCUCAAUGUACGCCAUCGCCUGGCCCCUCUCCGGCCUCUUCAUGAUCUCCCUCGCGGCCGUCCUGGGCGAAAUGGCAUCGACCUGGCCUGUCGCAGGCGCGAUGUUCACCUGGGUCUUUCGACUGUGCCGGAGUAAGAAGAGCUUGAAUCCCUGGGCGAGGUAUGCGAGUUGGGUGGUCGGGAGUCUGUUGUUGUGCUCGCAUGUGUUGCUGCAGAUUGUCGUGACUUGGCAGUUUGCACACAUCAUCCUCGGCGUCGUCGGUCUCUGGACAGAACGGAACUACUCCUUCUGGGUGACCGUCGCCAUCUCUUGGGGAACCCUCUGCUUCUCCGCCCUCGUCGUCUCGUCCCGCCUCUCGCGCUCGCCUUGGCUCUGGCGAGUCUGUGGCUUCUUGAUCGUCGCCUUCUUCCUCAUCAUCAACAUCAUCCUCUUGACCAAGUCUGAACGCAUCUUCUCGGCAGAGUAUGUCUUUACAAGCUAUCGCAACUCGACGGGUUUCACCUCGAAGAGCUACGUCUACAUGAUCGGCUGGGUCCUCACCUGCGUCGCGACGGGUAUGGAGGCGUCCGCGCACAUGGCCGAGGACACGAAGCGACCUUCAAGGACUGUCCCGCUUGCGAUGUUCUGGAGCGUUGCGGCGACUUAUGCGAUGGGUUGGGUGUCGAUUUGCGUCUUGCUUGCCACGAUGAACAUCGACGGUGCCGACCCCGCCCUCCAGCCCUCCAUCGCCCUCAUCGCCAACUCGAUCCCCCGCAAAUACACCGCCGUGAUCCUCAUCUGCGUCGUCAUCUCCCUCCUCUUCCAAAACGUCGCCCAACUCCUCGCCACCUCGCGCUACAUCUGGGCCCUCUCGCGCGAAUCCGCCUUGCCGUUCUCCAACUUUUUCCGACGGCUGAGCAAGACGAACCGGACGCCUACGGCGGCGAUUUGGGUCACCUGGGCGAUCGCUUGUCCUGCGUUAUUGUUCCUCGCCAUCAACAUGUCGAUCAUCGCGACGACCCUCCUCGAAGGCGCGGGAAUCACUUGCACGGCGAGCUACGUCGCCCCGAUCCUUCUCUACCUCGUCUGCGACCGCGACGUCUUGCGAGGAGAUGGGAGGGCGAAGUGGACGCUCAGGGGCGCGAGCAAGCCCCUUGCGGUACCGGUCGCGCUCUUCCUCCUCGUCUUUAUCGUCACGAUGUGCCUACCGACUGGCUAUCCCGUCACUUCCCUCAACGUCUCGUACGCCUCGGCUAUGCUCGUCGGCGUCCUGCUGCUCAGCUCGACGGCGUGGGUCCUCUACGGCAACUCCCAUUACGCCGGUCCGAUCAAGACGACCACGCGCUGGACAAUCGGCGCCGAAGUCGACCUCCCCUCGACUUCUUCCCAAGGCGGUCCGGGCGGGACGAAGAAGAAGUCGACUGCCCACGCGCACGUCACGACUUCCGCUCAACACGGUCGGACUGCGCAUGUCUGGGCGACGAGCGGGACGGACGGGUCGGGCGAGUGGACGUCGACUGAGACUGGUGGGCCGGGGAGGGACAUGCAUGGCGUGAGGACGGGAGAGACGGGCAUGUUGGCGAGCAUGACGGGGAGCGAAUACACGUCGGAGUACACGAGCGAGGAGGGGUCGAGCGAAGAGGAGGGCGAAGGAAGUCGGUCGCCCAGCAGGAGUCGGAGUCGAGAUCGAGGGUCCCGUCAACAGGUCGACGAGGAGCGCAGCAUUCGGUGA